UUCGUUGAGAAUCCGUUUUGUCCACCUGCCAAAUGCCGACGCCCCUAUGCCAGUCGCGUCGAACGAGGGUAACCUUCAAGUAAUAACAUUUCGAAAGAUAAUGCAAAAGCUGCUGGAACAGCCGCAUGUCAACGUAUUUGAGCAGCAAAAUAUAUUACAUACCGUUGGACACAGCGCGUGUGGCAACACACUGAGAGCACGAUCCUCCCGUCAACGGCCGCGGUGCCUGCGAGUGCAAGGGUAAAAACAUGCACAGCGGUGUUGAAAAAACGGGAAUGCUUGAGAAAUCGACUACUGACCUUAGAGACGGAUAAAAUCCUCGAAAUCAAGCACGAAUGACGCCGAGUACUUAAGAGCGACCGCGCACAACCCGAUGCUCCAACAUUUCGUGAGAGACUGGAGAGUGGAGACCGUUGGCGGUCCCGGCGGCCGGCGUCCCCCCUCGCUUCUGGAGGACGAGUCGACAUACAUCCACUGAUUGUUGUACGGAAUGCAUUAAAAAUGGCUUACAGUAAGAGGUGAAAUAGCAAGGUAGCAUGGCACAUGUACUUUUGAGGAUAAUACGUUCACAAACAUUUGAAAUGACGCGAACUAUUUUCAACUCGCACGAGCCACGAUGUGGUGCGCCACGGAGACGUAUUACGACGCGCCCUCUUGGCGAUGUCGCGGCCGACGUUCCUCCUCGGUCGAUUUGUUCGGAAUAAAUUUUAAUUUCAAGUUUUCAUUUAAAUUUCACUUGCAAUAAUUUCGAUACGGUUCGUGUGAUAGAAUUUCACUUGUUUGAAUUGCUUUGAAUUAGUUCUUCCUCAACACGAACACGAAGCGUUCUUCUUAAUUAUAUAUUGUCCUAAUCAUUUUUUUCUUUUUCCUGCCAAUAAAUUCCCCAAUCAUAUAUUAUUACUUAAUUUGAGAGUGAUGAUGUACCGUUGUACUCGACCUCUCGAUCUUCCAUCCUGAACCACUCUGGCCUCAAAGUGGGUACAUUUCUGACCACUUUGGCCCCUAAGUGGAUCCGUUCUUGACCUCCUUGGCUUCUAAGUGGAUCAAUUCUUCACCACUUUGGCCUUAAGUGGAUCCUUCCUUGGCCACUUUAGCCCCAAAGUGGAUCUCUGCUUGACCACUUUGGCCUUAAGUGGAUCCCUCCUUGGCCACUUUAGCCCCAAAGUGGAUCUCUGCUUGGCCACUUUGGCCUCCAAGUGGAUCCUGCUUAAACCACUUUGGCCUUCAAGUGGAUCCUGUUUAAACCACUUUAGCCUUUAAGUGGAUCCUGUUUAAACCACUUCAGAUUCCACUUUGUUUUUCCAACUGGGAAGGAACGGACGAAAGUCGCCGAACUAAUGCUUAGUGUACGGGCCUGUGCUGCAUAACCUGGCUUGGAAUCUCAGUAAAAUGUUUAAAAAGAAAGGAAUAACAACGCGUAUUUUGGCGCAAAUUUUGGAUAAUAUACAGUGAGCAGGACACGAUUCGCAUUUGCACAGUCCCCGAAGUUAGCUAGUUGUUGCAGAGCCCGGUUGUUCCCUCAUCUUCUUCUUUCUUUUCUUUUUUUUUUUUCCUUUCAUAAUUUUCUACUAUCUACACCGCUAUUCCCUUUGCUUUUUGUAUUCGCCGUGCCACUUGGGGAUGGAAAGGCGGCGACUCAAUAAUCGUGAAUAAUGAAAGGAAGGUAACCACAACAGCAAUUCAACAAAGAGAAAGAGAGAAAGCAUGCAUUAUGUGUUCUUGUCCGGGUCGCUUGUGCAAUUUGUUAUUUCUUCGGUGAUUGGUGUGCGUUGAUGUGCUACUGAACCCUCCAGGAUUGCUAAUAUUACGUGGAGCGUACUUUGAGUCGUGGCUGCCUUUGUAGCUAGGGACUCUGGCAGCGAUCCUUAUUUGUUUAUGCGUCAGGACAGUGAUGAGCAAUCCACAGCAAAAAGGGAAACCAAGCGUGCACCAAGUUCGUGAGGCCUGUACUUACUAAUUAUGCGCUUUCUGUUACAGAUAGGAAUGAUUUCUCUAAAGCGCUUAUCUCAAUGCCACUCUCUCCGAAGUGUCUGAAACUCUAGAGGAAGCUCGAAUAAACGUUCUUGAAAAAUUCUGUCAUUUUACUGGUGAUAUUAAAAUCGCCUAUGAGUUUAACGCGGACAGCCAGCCACGUACUGCGACCUUUUUCAACCUUUUCGGAAGCAUUUCUGGCUAAUAGCGCCUAGAGUGGAUAAAAAGGUAGCCGAAACGGGCAAUUAAAGUGUAUCUGGACCGAAUAACACAGUCGUAUGCGAAAAUGAAAUGUUUUUUAAAGAAUAUUCCAUGCUUUUGUGGUUACUUUGCGGCGCUUCUUAGUGUAGGUCAAUGCGCAACGUCGUCUGCUCAAUUCUAGGUAAAAGCGCCGCGCCGCGGCACUCCCACGAAACAGCCACGACGCCGCCAAACAACGGCGCGCGGAUUCUUUGGGCAGGCAUUAUCAGUAUAGAGGAGGCUAUGCAUCUGCGCGCCUUUUCCUGCCUUUGUUGCGUCAGUUGCGGUCUGUUGUACUUGUUGAGCUUCAAAGACAAGGCAAAAAAGCUGAUCCUGAAAAGUGCCCCACCACAAGAGUCUUGGGACAGAUAUGACAUCCAAGUCAUGGGAGUAUUCUCAACGUAUGCUGAAGCUCAUGCCAAGCUUGACCGUGCUCAGUAUAUUUCGGACUUAAAUUCAGACAUGAGCGACGAUGGCAGACGAAAGCGACUUCCUCCAUGCCGUCUCAUCCAGGAAUCGGAGGAGCCCACAAUUGGAAGGACGAAGCGUCCACGCGUGUUUCCCCUUCCUGAGUCUUCCGACUCUGAAGACGUCGACAACACACUUCCUGAUGUGCCUCCAAUCCCUCACAAUUUUCCAGAAUGCCACGCAGCAGGCAAGAAGACCAUUGCUCGACCUUGCAGCUCCCAAGGCAGCAAUGAUGAUUCAAUCCAUGACACCAUCUCUGGCACAUUAGAUGAAAUGUGUGGUACAUCAUUUGCUGGAAUGAGUGGUGAAGCAACUAGUCAUCCACGUCAGCACGAAAAUGUUGCCUCCACAACAGAGUUUCAGAAGCAGGUCCUGCAACUUUUACACCUGGUGUGACUGACACAACAAAGGGACAGUGCUGUACUCCAUGAACUUUGCGCACAGAGGGUCACUAGUACGGCUGCGAAACCACUAGGAGCACUAAUAAAACAGCCAUUUGCAUCUUCCGAAGACUUCGAGCAGUUUGAUUCAUCUCUAAGUGAAGAAAGGAAAUUGUUGCUCGCGCAGGAACUUGUGUGCAUUGGAGGAAACGACGUGGGCCAUGCUACCAGGAACAUCUUAGCUUACAUGCUAACAAAUCGUGUUGCCGAAGAAUAUAGCUGGUUUGGCCAGAAAGGGAAGAAAAAGUUUUGCACUCUUCAUGCACCCUUGGUUAUUUUUGAAGCAAUCAGAAUGAACAGGAAGUUCUCAGGAGCUACACGAACGGAAGUGGAAUGUUCUAUAAAGUCCUGGCUCAGACACGCGAAGGAGCGCCGCUGUUCAAAGGAGUGAUGGAACUCCCUCCCAGUAAAUUUGCCUCUGCAUCGAAAAAAGUGACGACUUGCUACAACGUGACUUUUUAUUUUUGUCAUUCAUUUAAUUCAUUUGACAUGACAAGUCUAGUUUUUCAGUGGACUUUCAUUGCACCAACGUGUUUUAGUCAAUUGACUUUUACAAUAUUUCUACCUCAUGUUGUAUUCCUAUUUUUGUACCAUGUGC